UAUAAAACAUAAAUAUUUUUAUCAAACUAAGAAUGAGGGACGGAGAAAUGAACAAAUCUCAUAUUUCGUUUGUGAAAGAUAAUCAAAGCAUAUAUACACUGGACACAUCGCUUAUAGACCCCCAUACAAAGAUGCCAUAUUCAUCAUUGCUCUCCGAUGGCGGCAUGCUUGCUCUUGGUGUAACUAUGAACAAUGAACUGGUGCUUUUACCCUCUAACUACACUGAGAAAAAGAUUUUGAGCGAUGAAACAGAUCAAAUUCAAAGUACAGCUCUCGUCGAUCGCAACAUAAUAGCUAUUAUGUAUUUCUGUAUGGUAGGUACUAACAUGAUUUGGGUUGAUGACGAGAAUGAAGGAACUAUCAAAAUAGAGAAUAAGAAUAUGAACGAAAUGGUGCAUAAAAACGCUUUCGUUUGUUUGAGACAUUUUUUUUUCUUUGCCUGUCUUUGUCUUGUCGUUUUUUGCCUUUUCUACAGGUACAAGCUUUGUACUUAGCGGAAGAGUGGUGGUUACCUUUCAAGAAAAUGUUGUAUAUGACAUGCUAUGAGCACAGAAGUCUUUGUAUGACUUGAUGUCGUGUUUUAACCCAAGAUACAAUCGAUCAGUACAAUACAUAAUUCAUCGAUUAGUGUAUAGCAAUCGCUUCAAAUGAUGGUUCAAUAUCUGUAGAGUCAGUGUAGUGGUUUUACCUAUAAACACUUCUGAUUAUAAGUGAGUCUCGGGAACCGAUACGGCUGCCUCAUUUUUAAGACUUAGUGAUACGAUUGCUGAUCGUUGUUUCACGUAAUCUUCGUUACAAAAUCCAUGAUGUUAUUUAUUUUAUGUCAGCAUACAAUACUUCCGCCGUUUCAUUGCAGAAUAAGGUUUACAAGAACGAAACAAAAAUUUGUUGUAUAAGGAAAUAAAUAAACGUACUA